UUGGUCCAGAAGGAGUGACUCGUUGACUGCGGCGAACGCAUUUCGGCAACAUGGGAGACGUUGUGGGAUUUAUUCUAAAGGGAUUUUAAGAACUGUCGGGAAAAUGGCAGAGAGGUUGGAGUGGGUGGAGAUCAUCGAGCCGCGUACGCGGGAGCGCAUGUAUGCCAACCUGCUGACAGGUGAGUGCGUGUGGGACCCUCCUCAGGGUGUUUGCAUCAAGCGGACAGGUGACAACCAGUGGUGGGAGCUGUUCGACCCCAACACCUCACGCUUCUAUUACUACAACGCCUCCACUCAACGCACCGUGUGGCACAGGCCGCAGGGCUGCGACAUCAUCCCGCUGGCCAAGUUGCAGACUCUGAAGCAGCACACCGAUGCCUCUAAUCCCCGUCCUGCGAGUGGAGGAGGGAGAGCGUCAGCCGAUAACAGCCCGGGUCGUAAUAGUGGGGUCAGCAGGGAGGGAAGCACCUCCUCGUCCCUCGAUCAAGAGCUCUCUGAAAAGCAGGGCAACAGAGAGGAGGCCGACAGGACUUCCCCCUUCAGAUGGAACACCGGUACGAAGGAGCGAAUGCUUAUAAAGGUGACAGACAGAGAGCCCAGCUUCCUAGCCCAUCAGGGAAAUGGUUAUUCCCCUUGUGACCCACCCACUCCUGGUCCUCCUUCUGGGGGAGGAACCACCUCAAGAACCCGCCGUUCCUCUGGUGGAAACCCCCCUUCAGAACCUGAUGCCUCUCCUGUUCUCUAUGCCGACCGUCGCCAGUCCCCCUUUCUGAAACGAGCUGAGCUAGGUGGCACCGGCACCCACCGCCGCUCCUCAGCUGACUCCCAGCCUCCUUCGCCCCGCUACGCCUACGAACCUCCAUUGUAUGAGGAGCCCCCAUCAGAGUACCAGCCCCCUCCCAUAUACGAAGAGCCUCCGACUGACAUGCACCUCUCUGACUCUUCUUUUUAUGGCAAGUCACCUGCUCGCAAAUCAUCUGCCCCCAUUUAUCAUUCCCCAAAACAGGGCCAGUCACCGUAUGGCCAGCUGGUUCUGACCCGGCAGAAGUGUCCAGAAAAGACGCAGAGUCUGGAGUACAGUCCUGUGGGGAAGGAGUAUGUGAAACAGCUGGUGUACGUGGAGCAAUCGUCUUCCAGCCCACGCUUUAAGACUGCUGAUCGUCUGCUGCGUUACGGCACCACAGGGGGCUACGGCGGCUCAUAUGGAGGGUCCUACACUCUGCAACACAGCCAGUCUCUGAUCAGGGACCCCCGCCUGCUGCUGGAUUACAGUGGGGAGGGUGGAGAGGGAGGUCAGAGGUUACUUUAUGAGGACUCUAUAUCCUGGUCAUCCAGUCAGACCCACACCCUGUCAUCCUCCUCAGCCCUCGGCCCUGGGGCCUUCUCUCCUGGAGGUAACCGCAAACGUAAGAGCCGCAAGCCUUCCCUCCCACAGGAACUGGCCCGCUGUGGGGGGCUGGAGGGGGAGCUGGUGGGAACAGCAUCUGAGGCAAUGUUAGCCCAGGCCAGGCUGGCACGGGAGGCCCAGCAGGUUAUGAAACAGAGGAGCAGUUGGGACUCAGGGCAGGGUGGGGGCGUGUCCCAGAGUGGAGGUUCCAAAGAUGGCUAUGAGAGUGACGGGGCAGUGCCUCUGCCAUUACCAGGGCCGGUGGUGAGGGCGUUCAGUGAGGAUGAGGCGCUGGCGCAGAGCGAUGGACACCACUGGAAACGCAGCACCUUUGAUCGGCUGGGCUUCCCCCAGGCCCUUCUGGAGAAAAGUCUCUCUGUCCAGACAAACCUAGCCUCCCCUGAGCCUUACCUUCACCCCUCACAGUCGGAGGACCUCGGAGCCUGUGCCCAAUUUGAGGCCAGUCGAAAUGCCAGGAAUAUGAUGCCCAGCGCCAGCUGUGGCAUUUUCCCAGAAUUCACACUGAGAAAGCCCUCCUCAGAGACCGACAUCGAGAACUGGGCAUCCAAGCACUUCAACAAACACACACAGGGUCUGUUUAGGAGAAAGGUGUCUAUUGCCAACAUGCUGGCCUGGAGCAGCGAACCCAUUAAGAAGCCCAUGAUUGUGACCUCAGACCGCACCGUGAAGAGGGAAGCAGUGGACAUCUUCAAGCUCAUCCAGACCUACAUGGGAGACCGGCGCUCUAAGGCUGACCCCUACUCUGUGGCUCUAGAGGUGGUGGUGCGUGGGUGGAGCAACCAGGGUCUGCGUGAUGAGCUUUACAUCCAGCUGUGUCGUCAAACCACAGAAAACUUCCGCUAUGACAGCCUGGAGCGAGGCUGGGAGCUGAUGGCCAUCUGUCUGGCCUUCUUCCCCCCCACACCACGCUUUCACAACUACCUGGAGGGCUACAUCUACCGACACAUGGACCCUCUCAAUGACACCAAGGGGGUGGCCAUCAGCAGCUAUGCUAAAUACUGCUACAGGAAGCUGACAAAGGCAGCUUUGACUGGAGCUAAGAAAGGCCUACAGAAGCCAUGUAUAGAGGAGAUCAAGCACGCUAGGAAUGCCAUCUUCAGUCCCUCCAUGUUUGGCUCCUCCCUGGAGGAGGUGAUGGCUCUCCAGAAGGAGAGGUAUCCAGACAGCCAGCUGCCUUGGGUGCAGACCCGCCUCUCUGAAGAGGUUCUGGGUCUCAAUGGGGACCAGACAGAAGGCAUCUUCAGGGUACCAGGGGACAUAGAUGAAGUCAAUGCUCUCAAGCUGCAAGUGGACCAAUGGAAAAUCCCAACAGGACUGGAAGACCCACACAUCCCAGCAUCUCUGCUGAAGCUCUGGUACAGGGAGCUGGAGGAGCCACUGAUCCCUCAUGAGUUUUAUGAGGAGUGUGUCAAACAUUAUGACAACCCAGAAGCAGCUGUUAAUGUGGUGCUGGGCCUGCCACACAUCAACAAACUGGUGCUCUGCUACCUCAUCCGCUUCCUACAGGUAUUUGCCCAGCCCGCCAAUGUGGUCAUCACCAAGAUGGAUGUUAACAACCUGGCUAUGGUCAUGGCUCCCAACUGUCUGCGCUGCCAAUCUGAUGACCCCAGGGUGAUCUUUGAGAACACCCGCAAGGAGAUGUCUUUUAUCCGGGUGCUCAUCCAGCGGCUGGACACCAGCUUCAUGGAUGGGAUCCUAUAGCCCCCCCACCGCACACAUGAUCCACACUUUACCCUCAGCUUCUCUUACGCUCCCUUUAACCUCCUCCAUGACAGGCCCCCCCACACGCUCCCUGAAAACACAGGAACAUCAUAUACACACAUUUCUGCUGCUGGGUGAAUACCUUGCCUCUCCAACAUGUUUACUUUGAACAAAAACUGCCUUGUUUUGAGUUUUGUCCACUGUAUAUUUGAGUUAAACCAGCUGUAUUUUCUAUUUCUGUAGAUGUUGUCCUUAAACUGACAUUUACAACAGACAAACACCAAUACUGAACCAAGUUUUUCAUAUAAUAACAGUACUGUGUGUGCCUUCACAAACAUUACUACAGUAUACACACGUACAGUAUGAAGGAAGCAGGGAUCUCGUUAUUGUGUUACUUUCACUGGCACACUCAGAGUUCAGGACUUCAGAGGUUUAUCUUAAAUUCAGCUUGUUUUAUAUGAACUGAUUUGACUUUUUACCCUGACCCACACUGUCACAUAACAUUACACACACAGCAGUUCAUGCACACUUAAAUCCAGUGCUAAGUCUUACCCCAGGGUUCCACCCACUGCAGCGUUCAAUACCACCUAGCAAGAAUAAUCAAUCGGGUAAAUGAUGGAAUCAUACAAACAUAUUCUACCACAGGUCUUUAGAUCUCUCAUGCAUACUCUUGCUAACUAACAUGCAACACACGAUGUGCAAGAUUUUCACAAGGCCUAGCUGCACCGUCCAUGAGUUCCUUAUCUCAGAGUGAAGCUCAGACACAAGGUGGAAAGAUGAAGUUGUCUAACGAUAUUUAACACUGCCACAACCGGGAACUGAGAACUCCACACAGGAGCUCCUUACUCCUCCAUGUGUGAUCCUGCCUCAAGAUGGCAAUUUUAAGCUUUUCUUAAUGAGGCAAACUCUUGGCUAAAAUUAUGACUUCACUUUGUCAGAUAGAUGUGGCUGCUCAGUCGCCUGACAUUUACCGAGUGUUGCUGUUUAGGAGGGCAGUGAUAAGGAUAAGUAAUAGCAAUGUUAGCGGCUACUGGGAAGUUGGUAGAACCUGGACACUAAAUCACCCCCACAGUUUUUACUUAAAAAGUCUGAUCUUGCUUUGUUUGAAGACAUCUCAGCAUUGACUUUGUUUGAGUUCUCUAAGCAUGAAGUGAAUGCAAUAUUAUGAACACAUUUUCUUCAGAAGACCGGUGGUUAUUUCUCUCUCUCUCUCUCUCUUGUUUCCACAAGAUAUUUCCAGGCCUGCCUACAGAAUUGGCUUGGCCCCUGAAAACCCAGUGAACGGCCCCUCCCCAGUUGUGAUUUAUGUAAAAUGCCAAUACAUGUGUGUUGGAUCAGUAGCAUUGGUGCUAGCAUCCUGGAUAACGGUUAUCUCAUUUUGGAGCUGAAAAAGUGAGUCAAGAUAUUAUUGGGUCUGGUAUUCAAAUUGUUUAAUCCAGCCACUUUUAUCAGCUUUUCCCCACUUCUUCCACCAGUUGUUGCCACUUUGAAUUUAUAAAACCCAUUUUCAACACGUUUUUGAAAAUUGUGGCACAUUUGUGGCAGUUUUCCUCUUUUAACCCAUUUCCAAAAACGUGGGCCACUAUUAACCUGGUCAUCCUAAUUUUUGCCACUUUUAGCCAAUCCUCACCACUUUUUUCACUUUUAACUUAUUUUCACCACUUUUAUUCAUUUUAAACCCAUUUUCACCACUUCCUUGCCACUGCAGACACCUUUUUUGCUGUUUAACCCCUUUUGCCACUUUUUUUUGCCACUUCUAACUUCUUCGCACUUUAUUGCAACUUUUAACACAAUUUUGCCAUAUUUAUGCCAUUUUUAACCCAUUCAUCCACUUCUUU